AAUGUACAUAGACAAGAAUACACACACAAAUCCACUUGCUAAAGCUAAACCCGAAGAACAGGUUGAUAAACAGUAUGAAAUUUCUCGUGAUCCGUGCCCAGUCCACGGCUGUCUAUGUGAUUGUUCUUGGGCUCUGUGUUUUGUGCUUCCAACCCCGCCGUUAAUCGCACCCCCAAUUUCCUGCUUUCUCGAAACCCCUUUCCCCCUUUCUUCCCCACUCUGCCAUUUUUGUUUUUCUCGGAUCUGCAGAUCGAAUUAAUGGAAGUUCAAGGGUGGAUCCGAGCCCAGCCCAUUUUGUUCCUGAGACCUGAAAAGAUAGUGUGUUAACAAAGAGCCAAAGGAUCCUUGCUUUUUCAUUUGUGGGAGAUCUCAGUUUGGCAGCUUUUAUGGGGCGAAUUUUUGAGUGGGUUAAUAAUUGGGGGUGGGGUUUUGGUGAAGAAAGAUUGCUUUAUAUUUUUUAAGUUUUGUUUGGAUAUGGGUCUGUAAGUUUCUGCCAAGAACACCAAUCUUCGACCAAAUGGGAAAGUUCUUGUGACAGUAAUGGAUCCACAGGCGUUUAUUAGGCUAUCCAUCGGCUCCCUCGGUCUCAGAUUUUCCGGCGCCGCCGCCCCAAAAUCCGGUGGUAUUCCGGCGUCUUCUUCCCCGUGCACAUGCGACAUCCGUCUCCGCGGAUUCCCUGUUCAGACAACCUCAAUUCCAUUGGUGUCGUCCCCUGAAGCAACCCCUGCCUCUCAUGGCAUUGCUUCGAGCUUUUACCUCGAUGAAUCAGAUUUGAAAGCCCUGUUGGCGCCUGGAUGCUUCUCUGCAUCUCAACCUGGGUUGGAAAUAUCAGUUUUUACAGGGAGGAAAGCUACACAUUGUGGUGUCGGGAUCAAAAGACAGCAGAUUGGGACAUUUAAAUUGAACGUUGGCCCUGAAUGGACCGACGGGAAGCCGGCGGUUCUGUUCGACGGCUGGAAGGUCAUCGGAAAAAACAGGCCGGAGAACGGAAAACCCGGUGUCGAGCUUCAUGUUCGAGUGAAGCUAGACCCCGAUCCACGAUACGUGUUUCAGUUCGAAGAAGACACCAAAUUAAGCCCUCAGAUUGUUCAGCUUCAAGGAGCUGUGAAGCAGCCAAUUUUCAGCUGCAAAUUUAGUCGAGACAGGGUGUCGCAGCUGGAGGCGCCAAACGCUUUCUGGUCGGGCGCAGCCGAGGAGGAUGUCGAGAGGCGCGAAAGGAAGGGGUGGAGGGUGAAAAUUCAUGACCUUUCCGGCUCGGCCGUGGCUGCAGCCUUUAUCACGACGCCGUUUGUUCCUUCAGGGGGCUGUGAUUGGGUGGCGAAGUCAAAUCCGGGGGCGUGGUUGAUCGUUCGACCCGACACGUGUAUGGCCGAGAGUUGGCAGCCGUGGGGGAAGCUGGAGGCGUGGCGGGAGCGAGGAAUGCGCGACUCGAUUUGUUUCCGGUUCCACGUUUUCUCCAACGGGCAGGAGGGCGGGGAGCUUCUCGUGUCGGAGAUACUGAUCGGCGCGGAGAAGGGCGGGGAGUUCUUCAUUGAUACCGACAGGCAAAUCCGGUCGGCAGCGACUCCGUUGACGAGCCCACAGAGCAGCGGCGAUUUCGCGGCUCUGAGCCCUGUUUCCGGUGGGUUUGUGAUGCGGUGCCGCGUGCGAGGGGAAGGCAAGUGCAGCCGGCCGUUGGUGCAGCUGGCGAUGCGAUAUGUUACUUGCGUGGAGGAUGCCGCCAUCUUCAUGGCGCUGGCAGCCGCCGUCGAUCUUAGCAUUGAAGCUUGCAGACCGUUCCGGCGGAAGAUCCGGCGGGGAGGUAGCCGCCAUUCUUGGUGAUGAAUGUAAAGUUAGUUUAUUUCCUCGAGUAAUUUUCCAUUGUCGUCAUUGUCGUUUUGUAACUCAUGACACUGUUCUUAUUUGAAUGUCGUAAUUUUUCAGUGCACCAUUUCUGAGACCAGAAAGAAUGACUCUGCCAUAGAUAAGAAUGCAAGAAAGGGAUGUUUAAUUAAUUACACCCACAAGGCAUAUAGUUGCUGCCCUACUUGUAUAUGUGAACUGUUUUUCAUAGGACUCCGAUCAAUCCAAUCUACUCGGCGAAUACUGCGUAGAUGCCGGCGAGUUCUUGCUGAAGCUUCUGUAUGUCCUCCAGAAUCUGUGCUCUAUCGUCUCCCCGACUCGAAUCCAACACAUUGACAUUGAUCGA